UAGGCCAAGGUCGUUGAAGAUCAACUAAUGUCACCUUGAUUUAUGGAUUAUUGCCAUUAUUGAGUAACAGCAUUUAACAGUUCCUCAAUUUAUGCCAGUCUCGCAGUAUUCAUAUAAUAUACGCACAUAUACACUGUAGGUGCACAGUAUAUUUUACAUUUCAUCAUUGAAGAUUCGAAAAAGCCAGCAUGUAUCACGGUUCCCUAACACACCUUGGAAAACUGUCUAAACCAGAUUUGAAAAAAUUUUUGGAUUCUUUCGAUACAGUAUUAACUGACUGUGAUGGUGUAUUGUGGCUGGAAAACGAACCUCUUCCAGGAUCCGUUGAAGUUAUCAAUCAGUUGAGAGAGGCUGGAAAGAAAAUUAUGUUUGUCACAAACAACUCUACAAAAAUUAGGGACGACUUCGUUGCUAAAGCAAAGAGAAUGGGCUUUAUCGUAGAAAAGGAUGAAAUUAUUUCUACGGGAUACCUUACUGUUAGCUACUUGAAGAGUACCGGUUUUAAUAAAAAGGUAUAUAUUAUUGGAUCCAAAGGACUGGCACAAGAAUUGGAGUCUGCCGGUAUCAAGCACCUAGGAAUUGGGCCAGACGUUCUACAGUAUAACCUUGCCCAGACAAUAGAAACCUACCAACCCGAUCCGGAUGUUGGAGCUGUUAUAGUAGGAUUCGAUGAACAUUUUUCCUACAUAAAAAUGCUCAAAGCUGCAUCCUACCUCAACAAACCCUCCUGCUUAUUCAUAGCAACAAAUACAGAUGAGCGUUUUCCUAUGAAUUCAGAUUUGGUUGUCCCUGGCACUGGUGCCAUUGUUAGGGCUGUUGAAACUGUAGCCCAGAGAGAGGCAAUUGUUGUUGGAAAGCCAAAUGCCUAUAUCUCGCAGGCUCUCAUCAACGAACACGGUGUCGACCCAAAGAGGACAAUUAUGAUUGGUGACAGAUGCAACACAGACAUUCUAUUAGGUACGAGGUGCGGUUUCCAGACUUUCUUGGUUCUAACAGGAGUGACUACUUUAGAAGAAGUAGUGCAAUGGAAAAAAUCUUCCAAAAAAGAUGAAAAAGACUUGGUUCCUGAUGUAUAUUUGGAAAAAUUAGGAGAUUUGUUACCGCUUCUUGACUAGAUCAAUUGUUUUUCAUUUUGGGCGAUUAAAAAAUAUAUAUAAUAUAACAAGGUUUCAGUUCUGAAAAAAAAAAUUAGUUGAAAAUAACUGAAAGACAAGGACACAAUUGCUAUAGCAACAUUCCAAAAAAUCAUGUGACAUACAGAAUCAUCUGUGUUAUUUUAUUGAAUAAAUAAGUUCCUCUGA